AUGCUGAAUAUUAUAAAAAAUGGAUCCGUACAGAGGAGACUAAUACAUAAUUGUCAUAGAUCAUAUACUUCAAUCACUAUACCAUUAAAUGAAACGAACACUACCUCAACCACUACCAACAAAUCGGAAAUAAUUACACAAGCAAAAUCUUCAUCAAUUAAAGAUAUACUAAUAAAUCUACCUUCGAAGAGUCUCAUUGAUUCAUAUCGAAUAAGUUCAGUCUUUGCUUCAAACAUACGAGGGACCAAAGAGAAACAAAUUAAAAAUGAGUUGAUAAUAUUAGCAGAACAAAAAAAUAUUGAAAAAUUAGGUCAAGUAUUAGAAACUUGGUCAAUGCAUGAUAUUAAUGGAAUGAUUGAAACAUUAGGUAGAGAUUUGAUUUCAGAGUAUUUAAAUUUAAUGAUAAGAGAAAAUAGAAGUUAUUUUGUUUCACAAUAUAGCACGAUACCGGUAAAUAAAUCAGCAAAUUUUCAAAGACUAACAGAUAAAUUAAAUCAGAAAGAAACUAUUUUAAAAGAUCAAUUAACAAAGCAAGUUAGAAAUAUUUAUAAAAACAUGAUAUAUUCUAGUAAAAAAGAAAAUCUAUAUAAAAGGGAUAAAAGAAAUGAUAUUUAUUUUAGUAAAUAUCUUACGGGGCAUAAAUUGACAAAUAAGGAUUAUGAAAAUUUGAUGGAAUUAGAAUUAUAUAAUUUUAAGUUAGACUUAGCAUCAAGGUGGUUUAGAUUAUUCAGAUUAUAUAAUCAUACUAAUUGGAUGAAUGAAAUGACACCAGAAAUGUGGAAAUUAGCAUAUAAAAUUGAUGGAUUUGGAGACGAUAAGGUUUGGAUUUUAAGGGGUACAGAGUUGUCAGACUAUUAUAAACAACCCAUAAAAUGCAGAUUUGAACCAUCCAUUGAAUUGUCUUUGGGGGAUUUACAAAGUCAAAUACAAGAUUUUGAUUUGGAAAUGCAUACCAUAAUAAUACUUCAUUUAGCUUAUAAAAAACAAUUAACUGUAUUACAAAAAUAUAUUGAAUCUAUUUGGGGUAUUGAUGCUAAAGGGGAUUUGACUUCUCCUGAAAGUAAAAUAGAUAAUAAGAAUCAUUUAUAUCCAGAUCUUAAAUUUCUAACUGCAUUAUUUACUUCAUUAGCUUCAAAUGGAGAGUUUUUUAUGGGAAUUAAAUAUAUUAAUAAGUUUCAAUCAGUGUAUGACGAAUUUAAAGAGUCGGAUAGGGAUAAGAAGGUAUUUUGGGAGCAAAUAUUUAAAUGGGCAAACAUAAAUACCAUGUUUGAAGAAGAUAGGGCAUUAAGAUUCUUCUUAAAUAAAAGUAAUUAUUCAAGAGGUAAUACUAUCUCAUUAGAUGAUGCUAAAAAUGAUGUAAACUUUGAUUAUGAAGGGUAUUUACAAUUUAUGGAGAAAUUAAAACUUGAAAGAUUUAACACAUUUGAUCAAAUAUGGAAUAUAGUUAAAAAAGAUCCACCAGUAAAUUAUUCAAAUUUUAUUUAUAAAACUUACUUGGACGUAUUACAGGAACAAAAAGAUGAAAUGAAAAUUUUCGAUUUUUUAAAUAGAUUAUUGUAUGAAUAUGAAAGGCAUAAUGUCGAUUCAAAAUCAUUCACAGAAAGACAAGGGUCUGGGUUUUAUCCAUCUAAUGACAAAUGUUCAUCCAUAAGAGUUUUAUAUUCGGAAGCAAUGAGAUGUUUGAUAGAUUUAAAAGGAGAAAAUACAUAUAUAGGUCAAAUUUAUCCAUUAAUUGAGAAAUACAGUAUUGAUAAUUUAAUGAAAAAUGAUUUGAAAAAAUGGGUUAAAACAGAGAGAAUUGAUAAAUAUAGAAAGCAAUUAGAAUUUAAAAGAGAAAAUUUUAUGAAUGAAUUGAAAAACGAAGAAGAAGAAGAGUCUUUAUUAGAAUUAAUGUAA